GUGAGUUCAGUGGUCGACCUCGUCCAAGGAUUCUUUUUUAAAAAACUAAAUUCAUUUUUGUGUCUGAUUUUGUGAACCGUAGACGCGGUCCAACAUGGCCGUGUUUUUUGUGUUGCUUGUGGUGUAUUUGCAAAGUUCUAUAGCCGAGCCAGAAAAAUGCGAAAUCAGAGGUGUGGAGGGGGAGUGCGUGCCGCUGCCCGCGUGCGAGCAAUACGUGGCCCUGCUGAAGAACACCUCCUCCACGGCCGAGGGCCUGCAGCUCACCGCGGAGAGGCGGUGCGGCUUGGACGAGAAGAAUGCUAAGGUCUGCUGCCCUGUGGUCCAAACCAAUUUGUUACGCUUCAAACAAAACGAGGAGGACCAGGACUUAUACGUGAACGCCUUCCCCGGUCACGACCUCUGUGGUCGGAUUGAUAAAGAUCGUAAGGACAAGAAUGUUCACAUACUGAGUGAAUCAGAAAUCAAAAGUGGUUGGAUGUUUGUAAUAUCAAACGGCAUACCAGUUAUCUCGCGAGAUAUGUCUCGGUACAUGGCGCUGCUGGGCUACAAAGUGAACGCCAACGUGCUGUGGCAGUGCGGAGGAUCGGUGAUCACGGAGAAGCAUGUCCUCACGGCUGCACACUGCAUCUCCACUUCUCUGCAUGUGGUGCGGGUCGGUGAGCUCGACUUGGCUUUAGAGGAGAAAGACGCGCAACCCAUAGACUUUUACAUCAAGAAGAAAAUACCCCAUGAGCUGUACUCUAAAUUCCAAAAUGACAUAGCCAUAGUUGUGUUGGAUGGAAGCAUUAAAUUCAAGGAAGAACAUCAUGUUGGCCCCAUAUGCCUGCCGUUUGACAAUAAAAUGAAGGUGUUGCCAAAGUAUAAUUAUUAUAAUUAUAAGGGUACAUUUGUGGCUGGCUGGGGCGAGGCACCGGAAAAACGUGAGAGACCUACAUACCUGGCAUAUGCACAUGUGAAUAUUUUUUCUACUGCCAAAUGCAAGAGACUGUACGAGAGCCCAACAAGAACGAUAGACGACCGUGUCUUCUGCGCCGGCGACUCUGAAUUAGAACACGACUCGUGUAACGGGGACAGCGGAGGGCCGCUGGUUGCUGAAUAUAAGGUGGAAGAAUUCAACCGCACGUUCUACUACCAGCUCGGGGUCAUCUCCUACGGGUACAGAUGCGGCGAGGGACCCUUCGUUGGUGUGCUCACCAAUGUCACCCACUUCAUGCCCUGGAUACGGCAGAAAGUGCUAGGGGAGAAGCUGUAGUACCUAAAUCGCUGUUGGACUGCCGAUUCGACAUUCGAGGACCGCCAGUUUGCACCCCG